AUGUAUCUACCAACGGCCGGUUUUGAAAUAGCCGAGACAGAUAGAUAUUCUGGUUCGAUGAAACGAGAGGCUUGUAUAAUUGCCACAAAAGAGUGGCAUGUAGGCGACGAAAUUCGGCAUUGUUCUGGUACACUUGUUAGCCUAACCACAGAAGAAGAAAGAGCAUUAGAGGGUGGUCGGGAUUUCAGUAUUAUGUGGUCAUCAAGGAAAGAUACAAUGUGUUUAUUGUUGGGACCUGCAAGAUUCGUUAACCAUGAUUGUUGUCCCAAUACAGAAUUUAUCUCGUCUGGACAAAACGCAAUAGCGUUUAAAUUUCUUCGUGAUGUUGCAAUUGGUGAAGAAUUGACAGCUUAUUAUGGUGACAAUUAUUUUGGAGCUGGAAACGAAGAGUUUUUGAAGGAAGGUUUACGACCGUUUGUUUACGAUGAUAAGGGCAAACUUAUUCGGCUGACUAAAAGCUCAAAAAAUAAACAAUUGGAUAAACAAAUUGAAAAACCUUUACAACCUACAACUGACAUUGAUUGUGCCACUAAUAACAUCACGCAACAUUCUGCGACUACCACAAUUUCAUUACCGACAAGAGCAGAGCCUAUGAAUAAUACGAAUUAUCAUUCAUUUUCAGCAAAUCAACGAUCCGUAACAAAUCCAACGAUCAAUUCACUUUCAAUUAUCCCAUCAGAUUUACAAACCGAUGUUCCUCAAUCGUCCAUCCUAACUUCAGUAUCAGAAAAUCAACAUAACAGUGACAUUUUGCAAAACCUUUCGUCAUCACCAUCAAUGAAAAGAACAGCAAAUACAUGUUUUAAUUCCGAAAUGGAAAAUUCUUGGGCUGGUGUUAAUGUGGUUGCAUCACCAGAAAUCAGAGUUGAAUGGGGAAUAACGAUCUUCCGUAGAGUAAAUACGCCGAUUCAUCAAGGCGUAAACGCUCCGUUGUCAAAUAACUUUGGAGUAACUGGUCAGAGUAAUAGCCCGUUUACUCCUGCGGGCGGUAGUUCACGGAUGUCUAUCGCAUACUUGUGUAGUAAUGAUAUAUCAGAUUCUAGUUCUAAGGCCAUCGUAAUCGCUGGUCCUUCUUCAACAGUUAAUGCCCAGCAAGAAAUUACACGACUACGUUUGAUUACAAAGAAAGAAGAUGCCCAAGAUGCACGCGUCACUUUAACUUAUUCGGUAUUGAAUGGCCUUUGCGCAAGAUGCCUAACCAAAAGUCUUCCUGAACCUGAACCUUCAGGAGAGUGGGAACCAUUUUCUGCACCAGGUUUUAUCGUUAAUACUAUCAGAUAUAAUGGAAAAGAUUGUAUUCCUAGCAUUGCAUACGAAUACAAUUAUCAAGGCGAAACCAUCCGUUGGGAUGCUCUAACAGGAUUCGUACACAUGAACCCGAUAAAGAAGUUGAUGGGUAAUCCUAAUUUCAAGAUCGAAAAAUUAAGCUGUUACCAACCAAGUUGGAACGAUGAUAAAUUUGUCAUUGUGGGUGGUAACAUUAAAUACCAGGGCACGUUUCCAUAUCACAAUGCACGGAAGGUCAUUGCAGAAGUGCUAGGAUUAGACAAUCAAGGAUUUGUUCCAAUAUUCGGUCCAGGCUACAGAAGUAACGAUCGUAGGCCGGUCAUCGUUGUUUCCCGGGGACAUGUGCUUACUGACGACUCAUCAUCCACCUCAUCUGAAUCCGACGAUGAUGUCAUAAUGAGUGAUGUCGAAGUAGAGGUAAGAUCGUGUUAA